AUGGGUCUGUUGGAUCAAGUGAGUUCUGCCGUGAGCAAAACCAGCCACGGCAUCAAGCCCUCGAAAGACGAUCGUCCCCCCGAGGGCGCGUCCGCCGACGAUACGGAAGAGCUCGAUGAGGAAUCGGGCAACGUGCUGCUCUCGCUCAUCAGCCAGCUGCGUAUCGGCAUGGACCUGCACAAGGUGACGCUCCCUACGUUUGUGCUGGAGCCACGCAGUAUGCUGGAGCGUAUCACCGACUUUUUGAGCCACCCCGAGAUGAUCUUUGGGGCGGACCAGCUCCCGUCCGAGCAGGAGCGCUUCCUGGCUGUGCUCGGCUACUACAUGUCUGGCUGGCACAUCAAGCCGAAGGGCGUCAAGAAGCCGUACAACCCCGUGCUUGGCGAGUUCUUCCGCUGCCAGUACACCUACCCCAACGGUACCACGGGCUGGUACAUUGCAGAGCAAGUUUCGCAUCACCCUCCUGUCAGCGCCUACUACUAUAUUUCGGCGGAAAACAACUUGCUGAUCUACGGUGACCUGCGCCCGAAGAGCAAGUUCCUUGGCAACUCGGCUGCGACACUCAUGGGCGGCGAGACGCGCGUGGCGCUCCUCGGCCAGAACAACGACGGCGAGUACCGCAUCAGCAUGCCCAACAUGUAUGCGCGCGGCAUCAUGUUUGGCAAGAUGGUCCUCGAGCUUGGCGACACGAGCCAGGUCUCGAACGCGCAGACGCAGCUCUCGAGCGAGGUCGAGUUCAAGGUCAAGGGCUACUUUACCGGUACCUAUAAUGCGAUCGGUGCCAAGGUCCAGCAGGGUGGCAAGACCAUUGGCGAGCUUUCCGGCAAGUGGAGUGAUGUCAUGGAGUACAAGGACCUCAAGACGGGCGACUCGCGCGUCUUCUUUGACGCGCACAAGGCACAGACCGUGCAGAAGCAGGUUCCUCCCCUGCAGGAACAGGAGCCGAACGAGUCGCAGCGCUUGUGGGCCAAGGUGACCGAGGGCAUCAAGGCCAAGAACAUGGACAUGGCCACCGAGGCCAAGACCGCGAUCGAAGAGAACCAGCGUGAGCUCGCGCGCCAGCGCGAGGCGCAGGGCGUGACGUGGGCACCCCGCUUCUUUACGCUGCACAACGACCGCUAUAUCCCCAAGUUUGACAUGCUGCCGGAGCCCUACCGCCCCCAGAGCGCGGUGAACCACUUCGCGCAGCUGCGCCAGUAG